ACAAUGUACAGCAACAACAGACGGAGUUAUUUUUAGUAAACAAAAUGGCAGUUCACGUGCUGUGCUUUUUUAUUUGGACGUUUUUACUUAUAUUUGUUAUUUGUGUCGACGGAGAAUGGAACACAAAGGAUUUUCAACGAAGAGAGCAUUCUCUGAUUAAACCAUAUCAAGGAUCUGGAAUGAAUGUACCACAAUGGGACUUUUUAGGAAGCACUAUGGUGACCAACAACUACAUUCGUUUAACACCAGAUAGACAAAGUAAAAUGGGGGCGAUCUGGAACAAUGUUCCUUGCAUUGUGCGAAGUUGGGAGCUCCACAUCCAAUUCAAAGUACAUGGCAGUGGAAAGUCACUAUUUGGUGAUGGUUUUGCUGUAUGGUAUACUAAAGACAGAAUGAUAGCUGGAUCUAUUUUUGGUAACAGUGAUCCUUUCACUGGACUUGGAAUCUUCUUAGAUACUUACAGUAAUCAUAAUGGCCCUCAUAAUCACAACCAUCCUUAUAUUUCUGCCAUGGUUAGUAAUGGCAGUUUAAAAUAUGAUCAUGAUACUGAUGGCACACACACUCAACUGGCUGGUUGUGAGGCUCAGUUUAGAAAUAAGAAUUAUGAAACUUACUUGGCUGUCAGAUAUGAUGGAAACACAGAACAGCUCACAGUCUCAACUGACAUAGAUAACAAAAGUGGCUGGAAGGAAUGCUUUUCUGUGAAUGGAAUCAAGCUGCCUCUGGGUUAUUUCUUUGGUGUAUCAGCUGCAACUGGUGAUUUAGCUGACAAUCAUGAUAUCAUUUCUAUAAAGUUUUAUGACUUGGACACUGAGGAAUCUAAAAAGAGUUCAUCCUAUUAUGGCCUACCUGAAGCAAAGUCCAUGGAAGCACCCAGAGAUAGAAUAGAUGACUCCAAGGGAUCUUACCUACUAGAAAACCUUACUGGAUGGAAGCUUUUGGUCAUCAUCCUUCUUCUUGUGAUUGGUAUUGGUGUAUGUGUCAUGGUUGGACUCAUUAUAUUUCAGAAGCAGCAAGAGAAUUCCAGGAAAAGGUUUUAUUAAGCAUCUACAUCUUAGCAAGAUAAGUAGCAGAGAAUGAAAAGCAGUUUAUAUAAAUUAGCCUGUCAUCUUUCAUAAUUCAAAAAACAUUUUCAUGUAUUCAAUGUCAUAAACAUUCCACAAAAUCAUAUGCUUUUGGUCUUCCUAAAUAAUUUAAACUUUUAGGCAUAGGAGAUUUACCAACACAUUUAUAUGUAUAACAUUAAAAAAAAAAAAGAAUUUGUAUAGUUAGUUAAAAAGUGCUUGGCCUAUAAAAAUGUGAAAAUCUGUCUAAUUUACUAAAUCCUUAUUUAAAACAAUAUUAGUUUAUUAUAAUUAAUUUGUGCAAACAAUAAGGUAGUAUUAAUAUAUUUUUUUAAAUUUUUUUAUUGUGCAGAUAGAUAAAAAUGUUCUAUCAUUAAAAAGAUGUUAAGUGAGUACACUAAGUAUGUUCAAGUGGAAAAUAAAGUUUUUUCUUUCCAGACUAGAGCUCAAGCUAAAUGUUCACAUUUAUUUGUACAUCGACCUCACUUUUUUUUGUGUGUGCAAAGAGUCUGCUUAUUUCUAUUUGCUUGUUUUCAUUCUUAUCCAGUUUCACAAUGAUAGUACAUUGAUAUCAGCAUAACCACGGAAAGACAAAUCAUUUUAGUCAGUGUGUGCGACCUUCAUAUAAACAUCAAUGCAACUUUGUGUUAAGUGUGAUGUUAGUUUUAACCUCUUUUAUUUUACAAUGACCUCUCAAUACUCCAACAUUUGGUGUCAGUUGUAUCUAAGAAAAGUUGUCAUCAUGUUUUAAUGAAAGAUUUAAAAAAAAAUAUUUUUAAAGAUUGAAUUUUAUUGCAUUACAAUAUUUUUAAAAAUCCUAUUUAUUUAUUACAUUUGAGAAAUAAUGUUGUGUAACAUGAUGGAAUACAGGUUAUUUUUCAGCAGUGCCUACUGCCUUCAACUGUGAAGUUCUUAGCUGUCUGUCACAUUUUUUUUGUUCUUAGUUACACAUGAUAACUAACAAGUGCCAACUGUUUUUUUUUUUUUUUCAUAUUUAUUUUAUUUUGUUAUUAUUUUCUAAUAAAAAAAAUAUUUAAUAAUAUUCUAUUUCUUCUUUCAGAUUGUAAAUUUUUAGAUAAAUGAGAAUGUGUGAUAAGAGUAUGAGUGAUUUAGUUGUAGGACCUGUAACAUAUUUGGGACACUAAAACAGCACUCAUAUCACUAUAUUGUUUUAAUCAUGUUGUUAUCACUUACAUUGUGCUUGAAACUUUUUUUUUUUUUUUUUUUUUACUAUGAAAUGCAUAAUGAUGAUGUUGUAACCAAGCCAUAUUUGCCUUAAUAUGAUCGGAAAUAAUCUUCCAGACAAUGUAAGCUUUUUUUUUUUAAAAUAGAGCUUUUUUUUUUUCAAACUGUCUGCAUUGUUUUCUAUAGAGAAAUAUGUGUAUAAUAGUAUAAUAUGAUCAUUAAUAUUAAAUGGUUCUUAGGUUUUUUAGGCUGAUUUCUAUUAUAUAUCUAUAUUAUAUAAUAUAUUGAUCAUAAUUAAAAUUCAUUAUUUAUAAUUUUUAAAAAUUAAUUUUAUUUUGGUAUGAGAAGUGAACUAUUAAAGAUAAAUUAUUGAUCAUAAACUAUAAUUGAUAUUAGGUAUUAAUUUAGCAUUUAGUUGUAUGUGUUUAAAGAUGAAAUGUGUGUGCUGUUGAGUUGCUGCUGGCAUAUGAAGUCCUUGAUUUAAAAAACCAAACUAAAGCGCUAGGUGACCAUCUUCAUCUACUGCUAACCAUACACUUUGUGUUUCUGAUCCUGUUGUGAUGCUGUUGGGAAUAGCAAUGGAGGUUGAUAUGGUACAUGUUUUUUUGGAAUGAAGACAAAGCUAGAAAAUAAUUUUGUAGUUAGAUUUUUAAGAAGACUGUAUUGAAAAAAAGAGUAAUCUAUUUAUAUAUAUUUUUGGUUGUAUAUUUAUUCUUUUGAUGACAAAAGAGUCUAGAUCAUAAAUUUAACAUUUAUUCCAGUUGUAUUUAUUUUUUUUUUAAAUAUAGUUGCUUUCUUGUGUGUAGAAAAACAACAACUGCAUUUUGUUUUUUCAAUAUGUUUGUGGAGUGACUGUAAGUGCUGACAUUAAUCAAUGAUGUUCAUCUGUCUGUAAAUGUGAUGCUGUUGUCAGCAUAUUGUUCAAUAUGUUUGUCUGUAUAUGUGAUGCUGUUGUCAGCAUAUUGUUCAAUGUGUUUGUCUGUCUUUAUAUGGGAUACUGUUGUCAGCAUAUUGUUCAAUGUGUUUGUCUGUCUUUAUAUGGGAUACUGUUGUCAGCAUAUUGUUCAUUGAUCUGUCUGUAAAUGUGAUGCUGUUGUCAGCAUAUUGUUCAAUAUGUUUAUCUAUCUGUAAAUGUGAUGCUGUUGUCAGCAUAUUGUUAAAUAUGUUUGUCUGUCUGUAUAUGGGAUGCUGUUGACAGCAUAUUAUUGAAGUGUUAUGUCUUAUCACUAUUGAGGUGUUGUGAACUACAAUAUCCAUUUGCAUGAAAAUAAACAGUUUCUACCUGA